CAGGGGCAAAAGAGUCAAUGGUCACCAGUCAAACCUAGUCAUACUAACCUAUCCUAAUCAUGUGGCGGGGGCGAGCAAACGGACACCGAUGGGCACCUUAGCCGCGGCGAUUCCCGUGACCGCCGCGGCGACGGCGGCGUCUGGACACGCCGGCGGCCGACGACGACGGCCACGCGGCUCCGUCGCCGUGCGCUGCUCGUCCGCGGCCGACGAGCGGCAGGCCCUCUUCAGCCGCAUCGCCCCCGUCUACGACCAUCUCAACGACGUGCUCAGCCUGGGGCAGCACCGGACGUGGAAGCGCAUCUGCGUCUCUUGGUCCAUGGCGAAGAGAGGGGAUCGGGUUCUUGAUCUCUGCUGCGGGAGCGGGGAUUUGGCGUUCCUUCUGUCUCAGAAGGUCGGCCUAGACGGAGAGGUGAUGGGUGUGGAUUUCUCAGGGCAGCAGCUGCAAACUGCUGCUAGCCGUCAGGACCAACGCUGGAAGGCUUGCUACAAGAACAUCAAAUGGAUCGAGGGCGAUGCACUUGAUUUACCUUUCACAGACCGUUACUUUGAUGCUGUUACGGUUGGCUAUGGAUUGCGCAAUGUGGUUGACAGACCCAAAGCAAUGCGAGAGAUCCUUAGAGUCCUAAAACCAGGAUCACGAGCAUCUGUUCUGGAUUUUAACAAGAGCUCAUCAUUUUUCACGGCAUCCUUACAGAGUUGGGCGAUUGAUAAUGUCGUGGUUCCUCUGGCUAGUAGCUAUGGACUUACUGAAGAGUACAAGUACUUGAAAAGUUCGAUAUCACAUUAUCUUACAGGAGAGGAGUUGGAGAAGUUAGCCAAAGAAGCAGGGUUUUCCUCAGGCAAGCACUAUGAACUUGGUGGAGGGCUCAUGGGAAACCUAGUAGCAACUCGCUGACUAUAAUUGUAGCAAUGAACGCUGAUCUGUAUGAAUUAUCUGAAUUUUUAAAUAAUUAAUUUUCCUCUGCAUUA